AAUGUCCUCGCCGAGCGCCGCCAAUUGGCAAUCAUCGGAUACGGAGGUGAAACAGGACGAUGAUGCUGGCAGCGAAACGAACGCUGACUCAGAUAUGAGCAACGAUGCCGAAGGCGUUUGGAGCGCCGACAUUGAACAGAGCUUCCAAGAAGCGUUAGCUAUUUAUCCACCCUGUGGUAGACGAAAGAUUAUCUUAAGCGACGAAGGAAAAAUGUAUGGUAGGAACGAACUGAUAGCCAGAUAUAUUAAAUUACGAACGGGAAAAACAAGGACAAGGAAACAAGUAUCGAGUCACAUCCAAGUCUUAGCAAGGAGAAAAUCAAAAGAAAUUCAGUCUCAGUUAAAGGAUGUUACAUCAAAAGAAAAGGCCUUGCAACAAUUAUCCUCCAUGUCAAGUGCUCAAAUUGUCUCUGCUUCGGCAAUGCAGAAUAAAAAUAAUCAGCCACCGCCCACUCCAGCUGAAUCCUCCAAUCGAUUUGAAAAUCAAUCCUCGGCUCCAGAUCAUACUAUGCAACAAUUAAAGGCUCUCUCUUCUGCCCAGAUCGUUUCGGCCGCUAAAUCAGGGGCACCGACUAUCGGAUUAUACGGCGCUUCUGCCUAUUGGCAACAGUCUGCUAUGGAUGUGAAACCUGGAUUAUCCCCGCCGUAUAACAGUUCAAAUAUUUACAAUCAGGCCUUACAAAAUGAGAAAACGAAUGACUCUUUACCCGCCUGGCAAGGAAGAAGUAUUGCUGGACCACGAUUACGACUAGUUGAAUUUAGUGCCUUUCAGGAAAAUAGAGAAACCAAUGAGAAUUACAGCAAACAUCUCUUCAUUCAUAUCAGUAAUAAUUACAGUUUCAACGAUCCAACCUUAGAAGCUGUCGACGUGAGGCAGAUCUAUGAUAAAUUUCCAGAGAAAAAAGGAGGUCUUAAGGAAUUACAUGACAAAGGACCUCAAACUGCUUUCUUUCUUGUAAAAUUUUGGGCAGACCUUAACACAAAUGUUACUGAAGGAGCUUUUUACGGUGUAUCAUCCCAAUAUGAGAGCAGCGAAAAUAUGACAAUACAAUGUAGUACCAAAGUUUGUUCAUUUGGUAAACAAGUAGUUGAAAAAGUAGAAACUGAACAUGGCAGAUUUGAAAGUGGACGUUACGUUUACAGAAUUUCUCGAUCUCCCAUGUGCGAUUAUAUGAUUAAUUUCAUUCAAAAGCUCAAACAAUUACCUGAAAAAUACAUGAUGAAUUCAGUUUUGGAGAAUUUUACUAUACUACAGGUUGUAACCAACCGAGACACUCAAGAAACUCUACUUUGUAUGGCAUUUGUUUUUGAAGUUUCUACAUCGAUGCAUGGGGCACAACACCAUAUUUACAGAUUAGUUAAAGAUUAG